UUUUGUAUAAAUGACAUACGAUCAAUCAGUCCAUUUCUGUUCUUGGCAUUUUCGUUACGUCGGUGUUUUGGUCGUGUUCUGAAAACUGUCUUAAAGUAGUUUUUCCAAUUCUUUUACGCUUUAACAUGGAUACGGAUGAUUGGGAUGCCAGUUGGGAUGCUCCUCCAAAGCCUACGCAGCCUGUACAAGCCGCACAUUCUUGGGGCAACAGCAAUACGCAAACGUUCACAAAUUCCAACCGAAAAGCCUCCAGAGCAAAUAACUGGGGCCAAGACGGCGCCUGGGGCAACGACAAUGGUGGCAAUUGGACAAAUAAUCCACGCAAUGAAGCACGUGGAGGCAGCGAUUGGAAUAAUACAGGAAACUUCAGUGGAAAUGGAUCGCGCUGGAACGGCGGAGCUAAACGGAACGGCGGCAAUGACAAAUGCGAGACCAUCAAAGUUCCUUCGAGAUUUGUGGGCAAAAUUAUCGGCAGAGGUGGUUCGCAAAUCACUGACUUGCAAACGCGCUCUUCGUCCCGAAUCAAAGUCACCAAAGAUACUGAAGGCGAUGAGACCUUCAUCAAAAUCUUCGGCGAUGAUUCCGCUAUUCAAAAGGCCAAAGAACUUAUUGAUGAAUUGACUGUUGACAAAGCACCGCGUGCUCCUCCCACGCCGGUUUAUGAGACUCCGAAGGAACCCGCCCAAUCGGUGCAGGAAUGGGAUUCCAAAACUACGAGUUUCUACGACUACUUGAAGGAAUGUGAUGCGAGAAUUGAAGCUGAAUGGAACGCCCUUCCGCCGAUCAUCAAGAACUUCUACCAGGAACAUCCCGAAGUCACCGCCAUGACCGAGGAGGAAGUCGAAGCUUUCAGACUGGAGAACAAUAACAUUGUUGUCGAUCGGACUUUCCAAACGGAGAACAGCCGACCUGUGCCGAAACCCGUGAAAACUUUCGAGCAUGCCUUUCAUAAUUAUCCAGAAAUACUCGAUGAAAUACGGAAGGCAGGCUUUGAAAAACCAUCGCCCAUUCAGAGCCAGUGUUGGCCAGUGCUGCUGUCCGGAGAAGAUCUUAUUGGGAUCGCCCAAACCGGAACAGGAAAAACACUGGGUUUCCUGCUCCCGGCCCUCAUUCACAUUGACGGCCAAACCGUUCCUCGAGAGGAACGGGGGGGACCUGCAGUAUUAAUUAUGGCCCCCACGAGGGAACUGGCCCUUCAGAUCGACAAGGAGGUGAAGAAAUACUUCUAUCGGAACAUCUCAUCCGUGUGUGUAUAUGGAGGAGGAGCACGCAAAGAACAGAUAGACGUCGUGAGUCGCGGAGUGGACAUUGUCAUUGCAACUCCCGGAAGGAUGAAUGAUCUCAAUCAAGCCGGUCAUUUGAAUGUCCGGUCAGUAACAUACGUAGUCCUAGACGAAGCAGAUCGCAUGCUGGACAUGGGCUUUGAACCGCAAAUUCGCAAAGUAAUGUACUCGCUCCGACCAACGAAACAAUGCAUAAUGACAAGCGCAACUUGGCCGCCGGGCGUCAGACGCUUAGCGGACUCCUACAUGAAAGACCCAAUUCAAAUAUAUGUGGGUUCUUUGGACUUGGCGGCUACGCACAGUGUCACUCAAACGAUCCAACUAAUCGAGGAAAACGACAAAGAGCAAGCUUUCAUGGAUUUCAUCUACAACAUGGGUCCAGACGACAAGGUGAUCGUGUUUUGCGGCACCAAAGCCAAGGCGGACUACCUUUCUGUGGAAUGUGUUUGUAAGAAUAUCAUCUGCGCUUCUUUGCAUGGAAAUCGGGACCAGAGUGAUAGGGAGCAAGCAGUGCAGGACAUCGGAGACGGCACUGUGAGGAUCUUGAUUGCCACUGAUGUCGCGUCCAGAGGCCUGGACAUUGACGAUAUUACGCACGUUCUGAACUACGACUUUCCCAAAAACAUCGAGGAAUACGUCCACAGGGUGGGGCGAACAGGCAGAGCUGGCAAAACUGGCGAGAGCAUCAGCUAUGUCACAAAGAGUGAUUGGGCACAAGCUGCUGAACUUGUAAAAAUUCUAGAGGAAGCGCAACAAUUCGUACCUGAGGAAAUAUACAGUAUGGCUAGCCGAUACGAGGCAAUGAAGGAGCGUAAAGAACGGGCAGGAGAAUCGGUAGGACGAAAACCCCGCUUUGGUGGCGGACGCCGCUAUUAGUUUGCCUAACGCAACAGUUCCUUUUUUCAAUUCACACAAUUUUAGUGAUUAACAUUCCAAAUUUGUUAUCGACAUCGCAAUCUCAAAUGAAUUUGGAUUCUUGCCCGAGAAAUGUACUUUUUGUGGCAGAAUACAAAUUAUUUAUUCAAGGGUAUCUUUCUCAUAUUGAGGUCACAACUCAAGACUGAAAGUUGAUAUAUAUAUGGCUUAAUGUUUUGUGAUAUUGGGUUGUCAUUUUUAUGUGUGAUCAUUAUUGGAUUGAGAAACCCGCUUAGGUUUCUUAAGAUUAAUUUUUCUUCGUAUUUAUUAACUAGGAUUUUUUAUUUUCUUUGAAAAGUAGUUUGUUAAGGUAUUUUUCUCAGUAAAUGUGAAUGCCUCUGA